GGCCCCACUGUCAUUAGUGUCAUUGAAAAGCCGCAUUUCGCCGCACGCACGAGAAAGAAGAAAAUACAUUUUUAUCGCGCAAGCAACACGAAAAUCAGACGCAGUUGGAAAAAGCCGCAAAUCUACGCUGCGUUCAAACCGGGUCCCGUGCGUGGGCGAUGAAAUCGUCGGAAAUGGUAGCCCCCAAGAUGGCCAAACUAAGCAGCGAGCAGCAGCCGGAAAAGGACGCCGACGGCGGUGAGCCGGCGGCCAAGCAAACGUCAAAAGCCGCAUCAUCAUCGAAGGAGGCGGCAUCGUCAGCGGCAGCCACAUUAUCAGCAGCCGAGGUUGGAAAGGAUGAGAACGGGGAGGAUAAGCUGGUGAUUGGGGCGGAGUAUCAAGUUCAGCGUCAGGAUGGUUCGUGGCACACGGCGCAGCUGAUUCAGAGCCGGCAGAAUCCGUGCGAUCCGAAGCAUUUGGAGUAUUACAUCCACUAUGAGGGGUUGAACCGGCGGUUGGACCAGUGGGUUACGCGGGACCGGAUUUCCUCGGUCGCCGUUACGGGUACGGACAAGAAGGCCACGACACCGUCCGCGCAGGACUACAAUGGCAAGAGUCCGGUUAAUUCGCUGGGGAAUUCCAAGGAUCCAAAGUUGGGUAAACCUAGUGGUGACGUGGACAUGGGCGAUGGGGAUCCGGACAGGAAGAUUACGCGAAAUCAGAAACGACGGCACGAUGAAAUUAAUCACGUACAGAAGACGUACGCCGACAUGGAUCCGACGACGGCCGCGCUGGAGAAAGAGCACGAAGCCAUCACAAAGGUAAAGUACAUCGAUAAGCUGCGAUUUGGCCGGUAUGAAAUCGAUACUUGGUAUUUUUCGCCUUACCCGGAAGAGUACGGUAAAGUCGGAACGUUGUACGUGUGUGAGUAUUGUCUGAGGUACAUGCGCCUGCCCAAGACACUUCAACAGCACAAGUUGACCUGCACACAUCGUCAACCGCCGGGAAAUGAGAUCUACCGCAAGGGAACGGUUUCGAUAUUUGAAAUUGACGGCAAAGAUCAUCGCUUUUACUGUCAGACGCUCUGUCUGAUGGCCAAACUGUUCCUGGACCACAAAACGCUGUACUACGACGUUGAUCCGUUUUUCUUUUACGUGCUCUGCGAAAUCGACAAAGAGGGUCAACACAUCGUGGGUUAUUUCUCAAAGGAGAAAGAGUCCCCCGAGGGAAACAACGUUGCAUGCAUCCUGAUUUUGCCACCGUACCAGCGAAAGGGCUACGGCAAGUUGUUGAUCGCGUUCAGUUACGAGCUGUCGAGACGCGAGGGCAUAAUCGGAAGUCCCGAAAAGCCCUUGUCCGAUCUGGGCCGGCUGAGUUACCGCAGCUAUUGGGCCUACACGUUGCUGGAGCUGAUGAAGGAAUAUCGAACUACCACCAUCAAGGAACUCAGCGAACUAUCCGGUAUUACGCAGGACGACAUCGUUUACACGCUGCAAUCGAUGAAAAUGGUCAAGUACUGGAAGGGACAGCAUGUGAUUUGUGUGACUUCGAAGGUGGUUCUCGAGCAUCUUCAGCUGCCACAGUUCAAAAAGCCCAAACUGAUGAUCGAUCCGGCUUAUCUGAAGUGGACACCCCAGAAGCGAACCAUUCCCGUGAAGCAGGUCAAGAAGGCUUAGACCGUGAUCCGUAAUUGAC